AUGUAUCACCAAUCUAGUCCGUCCCGAGGCGGAUGGCCUGCGUACGACUACACCACCUCCCCACCAGGCUCACCAUACUACCAAUCUUUCUAUGCUACUCCAGCGUCUCCUCGGGCUCCCCCCAAACGUCAUUCUCGCAAAGCCAGUUAUGCUUCGCCUAGGGAAUCUGGUUGGUACUCAGCGUAUGCCCAGUACCAAGACACUAUCCCAGAAUAUGCGUCAUCCCGCAAGUUCGACAAUGUUCCUCCCAUCUAUGAAGAAGAUGUAAAACGGUCCCGUGCUCGUCGUGCUUCGACUUCCACCCGCACAUCUCCUCCCAAACCUCCCAAGAUGACUGCGCCCCCCAAGUCUCCAACUAAAGCUACUGAGGCGGAUGCCGAGGCCGCUGGUAUUCCCGCUGGAUAUUCGAUCAAGAACUGGGAUCCGGAUGAGGCCCCUAUCCUCCUGCUUGGAAGUGUCUUUGAUGCAAACUCGUUAGGUAAAUGGAUUUACGACUGGACCGUUUACCACCAUGGCGCUUCCACUCCCAUGGCCGAUGUCGCAGGUGAAUUAUGGCUGCUUCUCAUAAAACUUGCUGGCAAAGUCAAGCGUGCAGACGAAUUUCUCGAACGUGCCGACAGCCGCGAGACCGUCGAACUGUUGGAGGAUUUCCUUGACAGUGGCGAACGCUUGUGGAACCGAUUCAAGACCCUGCUCAAAGAUUGCGAGCAUUUCAUGUACAAAGCCGCCAAGCGCGAAACCGGCCGCAGCGCUCCAGUUUCUAUGGGACGCAACGCCGGUUGUGAAUUUGUCGAGUCCAUCUUUGGACGCGACCGAAAGCUACAUGAUACGGAGAAACUCAUGAACAGCAUCCGUCUGUGGGACAUGCGGUUCGAUGCAAACUGCGAGUCGAUUUUGCGACCAUCUCGUAGAUCCAGUCGUCGCCAGUCUACCGUAUAG